AUGCGCAAGGGCACUGGCAGCGAUAUAAUAACAACUAAUACUGAUAGAGUCGUCCAUAUUUCUCGUCAGAAUCAAAUUAAAAUGUAGUCUAAGUAUUUCCAGAAGUAAAUUAUCCUUUAUCAACCUUUUAAAUUACUUUCCUUAGCUUACGUUAUCUUUUUUCUUUAGAUAUUGACGAGUGCGCAAAUUCCAGCAUCUUUUGUGGUGUGGAUGCGACCUGUGUAAACACUAAUGGCUCGUAUGAAUGCACAUGCAAGGAGGGAUACAACGGAACUGGACAUGUAUGCACAGGUAUGAUGAACUUACUUUGCAGCACAUAGAAUGUAUCUUCUUUGCACCAUCGUCAGCGAAGUACGUCUGCCGCAUUCUUCCAGCCGAUUCGUUCUUUGCCUCAGCUCAGGAUUAGGAAUUCGCAUUUUAUCAGUCGGAUUCGACUUUUGGUUGCUUCCCCAUUUUGGAUUUCCUGAAAGCUUUUCUUCCAAAGAUUGAGUUAGUUAUCCUUCCUGGUCAGAGUUACCACAUUCUUCUAUAUUUCAUUUCAUUUGUCCUCGUUGCUUCCUCUGCUCUUUGGAGAAUGUCAACUUGGUCUCUCUUUUAACUUCCCUUCGUCCCUUUACUGUCUAUGUUAUGCAGGAACGCAAAGUGGUCAUUCCUUAGUUUCCUAUGUUUUGACCUUUCAUCUUGGCAGUUAUUCUGCACCACCUCUGACCAAAAAUUGAUAUUUCCGUUUUCUUUUCAAUGUAUGUGGUUGGUAAGGUAUCUGUUGAGCAUUGGCUGCUAGGCUCUUUCCAAUACUACUCUCACCCAAAGACCUUUACUCGCCUAAAUGGAUAAGACACUCUUCCUAAGACUUUAGACUUGUAAUGUCCGAGGGAGUGGAUAUCAUUAAUGAACGGGGUCUGAUGCUCAGACGUACCUGUGUUUUUAAAUCUUCUCUCAGAUAUCGAUAAGAGCAGGAAAGGCAGCCACCUUUAAGGCGCGAAUACCAACUGCAUCAACACCAGCAGCUCUUAUACUUGUUUCGACUCGGUCCAUAAAAACGCUGAAAAAAGACCUCGGCUAA